AUGCCCGGUUUGGAUCCUAACCUAGUAGCACAUGCUCUCAACGUGGAAUCAGGGGCAAAGCCAGUAGUACAGCCCAUGCAGACCUUCCAUCAUGAUGUUGAAGCUCAGAUCAUUCAAGAAAUCCAAAAACUUCUCACGGUUGGGUUCAUCAAGCCUAUCAUGCACCCAAAGUGGCUUUCAAAUAUUGUACUGGUCAAGAAAAAGAAUGGGCAAAUACGAUGUUGUGUUGACUUCCGGAAUCUUAAUAAAGCAUGCCCCAAAGAUGAAUUUCCACUUCCUAACAUGGAUAUGCUUGUUGAUUCAGCUGCUGGGCAUGCUAUGUUUUCAUUCAUGGAUGGCUUUAGCGGCUAUAAUCAGAUCAGAAUGUCAUCCAAAGAUGCAGCCAAAACAGCCUUUCGAACUCCUAUUGGUAACUUUUAUUACACCGUCAUGCCCUUCGGUCUCAAAAAUGCCAGAGCCACAUAUCAAAGGGUUAUGACCGCAAUCUUUCAUGACAUGAUGCACAAAGAGAUUGAGGACUAUGUGGAUGACAUUGUUGUGAAGUCAAAAACCAGAGGAGAUCAUCUUGCUAUCUUACGAAAGGUUUUCGAAAGGUGUCGACUUUACAAGCUUCGCAUGAAUCCACUUAAAUGUGCUUUUAGAGUUACGGCUGGGAAAUUUCUAGGAUUUCUUGUACAUCAAAGAGCAAUCACCCCAACAGCUGUAAGGGGUCAAGCCAUCGCUGAUUUGUUGGCAAAUUUUCCUGGCGAAGACAGCUGGGACAUCACUGAUGAUGUGCCUGGAGAACUGCCAGCAAUUGCACUAGUGGAAACAGUUGGGGCAGCUUGGACUUUACAUUUUGAUGGAUCCUCUACUACUUCUAAAGGAGGGGUUGGAAUAGUCUUAUCCAAGAGUACCGGAGAAACAAUGAGUAUGUCAUUCAAGCUUGAUUUUCCAUGCACUAACAAUAUGGCUGAAUAUGAAGCAUAUCUCACGGGCCUAGCGGUAGCUCGUGAAAUGGGCAUUAAACGUCUUCGAGUAAUUGGAGACUCAAAUCUGGUUAUUUGCCAAGCUAGAGGAGAUUUUGCACUCAAGGAACCAUCUUUAGCUCUAUAUAGAGCUAUGGCUCAAAGGUUGGAGGACUUUUUUAAAGAAUUCAAUAUUGAACACUCCCUAAGGUCCGACAAUUGCUUUGCUGAUGCUCUAGCUAUAUUGGGAUCAAAAAUCAGAUUUGAAGGUGCAACCACAGAUGUUACUAUUGUGAAAAUGCCAAUCCCAGUGUUACAAAUGCUGAAGGAAGAAUUAUCUGAUCAACCGCUGGGACAUACAGAGUGGCGGUCUCCCAUUAUAGAAGCAUUAUUAUCACCGGAUGAGAAGGAUCAUUUGAAGAUACUCAAAGAUUAUGCUCUAAUGGUAGGGGAACUAUACAAGAAGCUACCUGGAGGAGUUCUAGCUAGAUGCUUGAGCCCUGGCGAGUCCAUUAAGCGAUUAAAUGAAGUUCAUGAAGAAUCUUAUGGUCCCAGCGGUUCUAUCAGUCUCUACAGACGCCUCCAGUGA